UUGUUUUAUCUUUCCCGUAUCAUAAAAUCUUGACUGGAUCUCUCUUACGCUCUCUGCCUUUCUCUCUUUUUGUAUAAAACCCUAGCAGAUCGAAAUUCCCUAAUCUGAAUUCUUUCUACUCCAUAUGAUUAGGGUUUUCCAUUUUGAGAUGAAUGAAGAAUUCAGUGACUGGUUUUAAUUGAGGUUGGGUUUUUUCUGGACUGGGAAACUGGUAUUUUUAACUAAAGAAUUUGUGGGGAUUUCUUUGGCGAGGAGCUGGUUUGAUGUGGGUUGUUUUUGGGAUUUUUGAUUGAGACUUGGAGUGAAAAUAAUGUCUUCCACAGCAAUCUUACCGCUUCCAGCACCUCCUGUUAAUGGAGAUGGGUCUCCUCCUCCACCCUCGCAAGUGGUAGAACAGCAGCCGAGGGAGGAUAGACCAGCAAGUGAGGAGCAGAGCAGAGCACCAGUUGCGACCCAUACGAGAACUAUUGGAAUUAUUCAUCCUCCACCUGAUAUUAGGAGUAUUGUUGAUAAGACCUCGCAAUUUGUGGCAAAAAAUGGACCUGAGUUUGAGAAGAGGAUUAUUGCAAACAAUGCUAAUAAUGCCAAGUUCAAUUUUUUGAAUCCAUCGGAUCCAUAUCAUGCUUAUUAUCAGCAUCGUUUGACAGAAUUUCGUGCACAGAAUCAAGCUCCUGGACAGCAGCCUACUUCACAGCCUGCGGAUUCAGCUGCUCCUGAUUCAGCUCCAAAACCUGAUUCAGCUGCUGAUGAAAAUGAAGCAGCUACGAAACCGGAUCCUUCAGCCCAGUUUAGAUUACCUCCUCCUAAGGUUCUUGAACCCCCAGAAGCUGAGCAGUAUACUGUUCGGCUUCCAGAAGGAAUUACUGGAGAGGAACUUGAUAUUAUUAAGCUCACGGCUCAGUUUGUAGCUCGAAAUGGGCAAGCAUUCUUGACUGGAUUGACGAAUAGGGAGAUGAACAAUCCUCAGUUCCACUUUUUGAAGCCAACCCACAGCAUGUUUACCUUUUUUACUGGACUUGCUGAUGCAUAUUCUAAAGUUUUGAUGCCUCCCAGGGGUUUGACUGAGAAGCUGACAAAGAGUGUUGAUGACAUGACCACUGUGCUUGAAAGGUGCUUGCAUCGCCUUGAAUGGGAACGCUCACAGGAGCAGGCAAGACAGAAAGCUGAGGAUGAGAUUGAACAGGAGCGGAUGCAAAUGGCAAUGAUUGAUUGGCAUGAUUUUGUUGUGGUUGAGACUAUAGACUUUGCAGAUGAUGAAGACGAGGACUUGCCCCCUCCAAUGACACUUGAGGAAGUUAUAAGGAGGAGCAAGAUAUCUGCUAUGGAUGAAGAUGAAAUCAUUGAGCCUGGAAAGGAGGUGGAAAUGGAAAUGGACGAAGAAGAGAUGCAGCUUGUUGAGGAAGGCAUGAGGGUUGCAAGUAUUGAAGAGAAUGAUGGUGAGAAGGGCACAAGAACAAAUGAGGAACAAGAACCACCUAUGAGGAUUGUGAAGAACUGGAAGAGACCCGAGGAGAGGAUCCCUGCUGAAAGAGACCCAACAAAGUUUGUUGUUUCUCCUAUCACUGGUGAGCUAAUUCCAAUUAGUGAGAUGUCCGAGCACAUGAGAAUUUCUCUCAUUGACCCCAAGUACAAGGAGCAAAAGGAAAGGAUGUUUGCCAAGAUUCGGGAAACUACUCUUGCACAGGAUGAUGAGAUCUCUCGUAACAUAGUGGGACUGGCACGCUUGAGGCCUGAUAUCUUUGGCACCACAGAGGAAGAAGUUUCUAAUGCAGUGAAGGCUGAAAUUGAGAAGAAGAAAGAUGAGCAGCCAAAGCAGGUCAUAUGGGAUGGACACACUGGUAGUAUUGGGCUCACUGCAAACCAAGCUAUGUCUCAGAAUGCUAAUGGCGAGGAUCAAAAUGAAGCUGUUAACAAUGAUGUAAGGAACCUUCCUGGUCCAGCAGCUCCUCCUCCCCGACCUGGUGUGCUGACUGUCCGUCCCCUCCCUCCACCACCAGGACUGCAGUUGAAUCUUCCUCGUGCACCUCCAAAUACAGUUCAAUAUUCUGGUCCCACUGCUGGGGCAUAUCUUGUACAUCCGCAAAGACCAGUCAGUAUUCCAAUUAUGCAGCCAAAUUACCCCCCUCCAAUGCAAAUGGCACCCGGACAGCAACACAUUAUGGUAAAUCGACCCCCCCCUAUGCCUCCAUCAAUGUCUGGGAAUCCAGGUGUCCCUGUGCCGCCUCCACCUGGAUCGGAAUAUAAUUCCAUGGCAGUUCCUCGAUCUUUUGCCCCUCAUCCUGUCUCCCAACCUGGAUUGCAUAUGAUGCCUCCACCACCUCCGUUGCCUCAAGGAAUGCCUCCACCACCCCCACCUGAGGAUGCUCCUCCUCCACUUCCAGAUGAGCCAGAGCCGAAGAGGCAGAGGCUUGAUGACUCUGCGCUUGUUCCUGAAGAUCAGUUUCUGGCUCAACAUCCGGGACUUGUGCGUGUCACCGUUGCUGUUCCCAAUAUUGAUGAAGGAAAUCUCAAAGGCCAAGUUCUGGAGAUUACAAUGCAGUCCUUGUCUGAAACUGUUGGCAGCCUAAAGGAGAAAAUUGCUGGAGAGAUCCAACUUCCUGCAAACAAACAGAAAUUGAGUGGAAAAGCUGGUUUUCUCAAGGAUAAUAUGUCACUGGCAUAUUACAAUGUUGGACCAGGAGAAUUGCUGGCUCUCUCUUUGAGAGAGCGUGGUGGUAGAAAGAGAUGAAGAGGCUUCUCGAUGUGGCCCCAUUUACGGUUUUUGAUAGAACUUUCUCAUAUCAGAGAUUUUCAUAUAUUGCUGUGGAACUUUGUUAUUUUGCUCCUUUGAUGCUAUGCUGGAAAUUAUAAUGGCUGUGUUGUUAGCAUGAUUAUAUUUUUCGUUGCUGCUAUGUAGAAUUGUCAUAUUUUAACUGAUAGCAAGUGGUAUCUAAUACAGAUUGGCGUCAUGGCAAGUGUUUCUUAAAGGGCAAAUGUGAAGUAGGCCAUUUUCUUUUGCUUAGGCAGGACAAGCCAUCUGCUUACAUCACCAACUACAGCUUCCUUCUGCAUGUGGAGUUAUUUCUCUGGAAAAUAAGUCCUUCAUGGUCUUAUUUCACUCUUGAUCGUUCCUUCUCGUUGUCAAGAACACAUAUUUUAUAAACUCAAUUUUUUCUGCUAAUUUUUAGUUAUUUUUGCUCCAAGUUAAUUUCUUGGAAAAUGUAGUGGUGAAGGGUGAUUUACUAGAACUAGGCUUUGUUUUGUAGGUGAGUGAUUAUGCCUGGGCAGUAGAGUUCAGUGGGUGCAUGCAGAUUAUACUGAGCACCCAACUUGCUUUCUCUUGUCAAGGGUUUAUCCUUCAAUAAUUUGUUUCUAUUUUGCUGUCAUGCUUUCCUCUAACUAGCCAAGUAGCUCGCGCUGAGUUGGUGUUUUCUGAUACUUUUCUUCUACGGAGACAGAAAAAGCAAUUAGUUUGUAUGGAUGGAAUGAUCUCUGCAACCUAGUACAUUUCUGUUGCUUAAAACCGCUGAGCUGGAAUGAUCUCUGCAACCUAGUACAUUUCUGUUACUUAAAAUCUCCAAUCAUUUAUUGAGGUUCAUCACAAUUACAAUGAGGCUGUCAAUUGGCUUCAUUAUUUAUAUUUUCCUUCUGGGAUGAAGCAUGCUGAUCGUUGUUCUUAGGUGGGAUAUGCAGGAAACAGCAUGUAAAUCUAUACCAUUAUCAGACCUUUUGUUCGGUUAUCCUCUCUGGUAUUUUCCCUUAUGUGUUACUCCUCAGUGAGCUGAAAAACUGGAAUUAGAAUCCGUUGGAACCGGCGGCCACCAGUAAUUGCUUGUCUGUUGGCCGUUUUAGCUAAUUUGCGUGGGUUCUUUAUUUUUCUAGCUAUAAGCUGGUUACCAUUGCAGCAUUUCAGGUUCUUUUAGCCCUCUGCAGCUUAGUUUAUUUGCCAUUUCCAUGUUUAAUGUAAACCAUUAUCAGAAUUGCCGUUUAUCCUUAACCUGCUUUUCUUGGUCUACAGGCCGUUGUCCUUUACCCGGGCACGGGUAUCGGUUCCAUCUACCCCUAACGUUCCGUAGACAAUUGUAGUGUUACUACUUUCAUGUUACAUCACAGCAAAGAUUGAAUCAGAAAAUGAAGACGAAAAAAUAAAUCUUAAUGAGCAGAAUUGGACUCGGUGAAUCCAUUAUCAUUAUCAAAAUCACCUAUUAGACCAAUGGAGCUAAUUCUAGACUGGAUAACAUCAGGCGUUGAUAAAAAAGAAUUACAACAUAUUCAGCAAAAAUUUACAAUAUAGUUUUUUACGAGGAAUAUCCACUCAGCCAAGAAGAAAAAGCACCGUGGACCCAGCACAAAACAUCCUUCUUUGCUGUCUAAUUGCCAACCACUUGCGCAGAUAAGGUUGUUGUGGUUAUAUCAUAUACUCUAUACUUCCACUACAAAUGUGCUGGUGUAUUAGAGGAGACAGGGAGGAAGAGUGAGGAUGUCAGAAGCUGGCCAUUUGGUAUCUGCUCAAAGCAUCAAAGAAUUUACAACCAUCUAUCCAUCGAACACAAGAAGAUCACAAAGGUUGACGUUUCAGAGAUCCAAAAUCAUAGCAGCUUCAAAAAGAAAUGACUUCCCGCCGAUAAGCAAGAGAAAUUCCAGGGCUCCCCGCCGUUUGGUUACAAUAUCAACCUCAGAUGGGAGAUGGCAAGGGAAAUGGACUUCUGACUACCUACUGUCUCUUCAAGACCUGAAGUUAGAAGACUUGAUCGAAGAUGAACAAAAAGAUGCUGAGGUUUCUGUUAAUCUCUCCGUUCAAAAGCAUGCUGGUUUUGGUUUCUCAGUGGAUGGAAGGAUCAUCACAUCUUUCACAAGAAAAUGCAGCAACUGUUUUUCCCCAUACUGUAGAAAGAUUGAUACAACCUUCAAUGUUUGGGUUCUUCCAUCAAGAGCCACUCGUGAAGUUCAUCUGCCUGACAUUGGUGGCGACGACCCAUCAUUAAGUCCCUUAAACCUCUCUCCCCCCACCCCCACGGUACCUUCUCUCUCAGACAUGUAAUUAACAUAAUUGAUCGUGCAGGUUAUAUACGUGAAGCCUGGAUAUGAAGCUGAUCUUGACUCGUUGAUACAAGACACAAUAAGGCUUACCACCUCAGUCAAAGAUACUUGCUCAGAAUCGUGCGAGAAAUCCAAACCCAAAUUGAUACAUAUCGGUGGACAGAAAGCAGCUUCUAUUGAUAAGAGGUGGUCUAUACUCCUGGAGCUGAAGAAGGAAAAUUUGUGAGAAAUAUAUACCUUUAUGUUGUCAACGAGCAUUGAAUGUGUUGUGCCAUGUGCUUAGCUCGGAAUAUAAUGGGAGGAUGGAUCUAUUCAUUGCCUUUGUUCAUUGCUGGUAUUGAGUUACUGGUCUCCUGAUAGAAAAAUGUAGAUUAACUAUGAACCAUUGCUGCUGAAACACAGAUUACUUCUACGGCAAUUUACUUGGUAUAUCAUGAAACUUCACCAACUGAGACC